UAUCACAAUCGACCCCUAUAGUUUUGUGUCUUCCAGAAUAACCCCUUUAUGACAUGAUUUUGAUUGGGAGGGAAAAGCAUAAAAAGACGAGUUUACUCUUGCCCUUGCAUCUCCAGCAAAUAACGUUUUGCGACUUCUGAAUCAUCUCAACGACUGCCUCCGAUUUUUCCAGCAUAUGCGAUUUCACCUUCUCACCAUCACCAGGUACAAGGUUUAAGAAGCUGAGAAAUCAUCAUGGUGGGAUUUAAAAAUAGGUACAUGGUGAUGGAGGUGUCUGUGGAUCCAAAUAAAGAUAUUUCAAAAGAUGAUCCCAUCAUUCUUAGCCAACAUAAUGUUUCAAAAGCAAUCAAAGACAGCAUUCUCCUCAACUUUGGCGAGUGUGGUCUUGCCUCUUCACUAGGAUCAUUACAAGUUAAAUAUGUGAAUCCGAUCACGAAAGUGUGCAUUAUAAGAGCUUCAAGGGAUGAACAUCAAAAAGUUUUGGCUGCAAUUACAAUGGUCAGGAGUGUUGGAAAUUGCCCUGUGGUUUUCAAUCUACUGGAUCUUAGUGGAAAUAUCAGGGCCUGUAAAUCUGCAGCUUUAAAGUGUGAAGAUUUGAUAUUUGAAAAAGUGAAGAUCAUCUGUGGGAUUCCCAGAACAGAAGAUGUGAACAAACAUAUGCAAAAUCUUGAGAGAAUUAAGAUGUUAGAGCACUGAAAGAACGACUUAAUAGAGAAAGUCAAGGAAAGACUAUGUAUUUGAUUUACAAAAACUAUGAUUAAAUUAACGAUGUAUACUUUUAAAUUGGCGACAUGUUUCCUUUAUAGCUAAAUUUAUUAAGUUUAACC